AUGUUAGAAAUGGACGAGUGCGUGAACUUGUACGUAACGCCACGAAGCGGAAAGUAUCGCACCGUGGACACAGUCGUGCACCUGGACUGCCUGGCAGCCUCCGAAACCGUGGAAGGCGUGAAGGCGAGGAUCGAAGCCGAGUACGGAAUCAGGGUCGCAAGGCAAGAGCUGUGGCUGGGAGAUGCAAAGAUGGAGAAUGCGCGGACUCUGGAAUCCUACGGAAUCCAGGCGGGCGUGCCGGCUUUCAUCCACUUGGAUUUCGAAGCCGGCGACGACCGCAUCACCAUCACCCUCAACUCCACCUGUUACCCGCGCCCGUUCACCGUCACGACGAGAGAGUUGGAGCGCGUGAAUUACCUGGUACAGCAGAUCGUCGGCCCCAUCUGGAGGGUGUAUCCUAGGGACAAGAUAAACCUCUACUUCCGCGGCAGGAGGCUGGACGACGCCGGCAAUUGUAUUCCCCGCUUGUGGCGUUAUUUGGUGUUCGAUGGUGCUGUUAUUGACGUGGAAUAUUUACCGGCGCCGCCGAAUGUUUGGCCUCGAUGCCGUUUUUAA